UUUCCAUUUUCCAAAUUUCAUUAGGUGAUACCAUAACAACAACUCAGUUUCUCAAAGAUGGUGAACCCAGUAUCACUUCAUCCGGUGGAAGUUUUCAGAUGGGGUUUUUCAGUCCAGAGUUUUGAUUACCCAACUGAUACCCUUUUGCCCGGGAUGAAAAUUGGGUGGAAUUUUGUGACUGGGAAGGAACUGUAUUUGUCGUCGUGGAAGAACGAGGAGGAUCCAGCUCCGGGUGAUUAUACGUACCAUUGUGAUCCUUCUGGUUACUUGCAGAACAUUUUGAAGAAAGGUUCAAAGGAGGUAUACAGAUCUGGGCCAUGGAAUGGCUUAAGGUUUAGCGGAGCAACAAGUUCAAGACAAAGUCCAUUUUAUACAUUUGGUGUGAUCUCAACUAAAACUGAGGUGUAUUUUAGUUAUCACCUUCUAGCUUCGGUUAUUACAAGGUUUUGUUUGAAUCCGAAUGGUGCGUUACAACGAUGGACUUGGGGCGAUAGGAAUAAAGGUUGGGCACUUUACCUUUCAUUACCAACAGAUAAUUGUGAUACUUAUAAGUUGUGUGGAGGAUAUGGUAGUUGUAGUAGUUUGAAUUCUCCGGUAUGUGGAUGUUUAGACAAGUUCGAGCCUAAACAUGUUGAAGAUUGGGGGAAGGCAGAUUGGUCAAGUGGUUGUGUUAGGAGGAUUGAACUGAAUUGCGUCAAGGGAGAUGGUUUUUUGAAGUAUUCGAAACUUAAAUUACCAGACACGCGGAAUUCAUGGUUUAAUGUGACUAUGAACCUUGAAGAAUGCCGGAAAGUUUGCUUGAGAAAUUGCUCUUGUAUGGCAUACUCAAAUCUUGACAUACGCAAUGGAGGAACCGGUUGCUUACUGUGGUUUAAAGAUCUGCUUGAUAUUCGACAGCUAGCCAACGAAGGACAAGAUAUCUACAUUAGAAUGGCUGCCUCUGAAUUAGCUAGUCAGGUGAAAUCAAAUGGACACAAAGGAAAAUUACUCUCCUGGAUUAUCCCGUUAUCGGCGGCUGGAGUGAUUUUGAUAAUCCUAAGCCUAGUGAUCUGGAUUAGAAGAAGGAAGAUAGCUUCAAAGAAAAAGAAAGGAUGCUGGGGGCGCAAUGGCAAUUACAAGAUGGAUUACCUCAACGGAAACCUCAGUGAAGAAUAUGAGUUACCACUGUUCGACUUAUCUACAAUAGCUAAAUCUACGAACAACUUUUCAGGGAUGAGCAAAAUUGGAGAAGGUGGAUAUGGACCUGUUUACAAGGGCGUGCUUGAACACGGACAGGAAAUAGCUGUGAAGCGGCUGUCUAGGACUUCCACACAAGGACAAGAUGAGUUCAUGAAUGAAGUGAUGUAUAUUGUGAAACUUCAGCAUAGAAAUCUGGUGAAGAUUCUCGGAUGUUGCAUCGAAGGAGAAGAAAAAAUGUUGAUCUAUGAGUACAUGCCAAAUGGAAGUCUUGAUUCAUUUAUAUUUGAUGACACACGAAGCACGGUAUUAGACUGGUCUAAGCGCUUUCACAUAAUCAAUGGGAUAGCUCGGGGACUUAUGUAUCUGCAUCAAGAUUCUCAGUUGAGGAUCAUUCACAGGGACCUGAAAGCUAACAACAUUUUACUAGACAAUGACAUGAAUCCAAAGAUAUCAGACUUUGGUAUAGCAAGAAGUUGUGAAGACGACAAGUUUGGAGCCAAGACACACCGAGUAGUUGGAACAUAUGGCUACCUCUCACCGGAAUAUGCUGUACAUGGUGUCUACUCGGUGAAGUCAGAUGUAUUUAGCUUUGGUGUCUUAGUUCUUGAAAUUGUGAGUGGGAAAGGGAACAGAAAAUUCUCUCAUCCGGACCAUAACCUUAACCUCCUGGGACAUGCAUGGACACUCUAUAAAGAAGGUAGAUCAAUGGAAUUACUCGGGGAUUUCCCCAUUGAUGUUUGUUCUACACCUGAAGUUAUACGAUCAAUCCAUGUUGGUCUAUUGUGUGUUCAUCAUCGUCCAGAAGAUCGUCCAAGUAUGUCUUCAGUGGUUAUGAUGUUAAACAAUGAAGGUGUAGUGCCACCUGCUAAACAGCCAGCUUUCUUCGUAGAAACAAAUACACCAGAUAAUGAAUUCUCUUCUAGUCAAUAUGCACAUAGUACAGUGAAUCAGAUCACCAUCACAACAUUAGAUGCCAGAUAGUAAAUUCUUCAUUGCAAAUAGUAAUCUAUUAUACCCUUCAUUC